GAGAGAGACGGGUGAGUCGUCUUGAUUAGGCCUGCAGAGAGUUUGUUGCUUGUUCAUUUGGGGACUCUAUGCAUGCGGUACAAAUAUUGAGUCUGACUAACGAUGAGUUUAGUCUACUUAAGUUCAUCAUCGCAAAAUGAGCUUACUUUUAUGCUCACGAUAGCCAGUACGUCAUUGGGGAAAUUAAAUCGGAUUUAAAUGUCAAAGCCCUGUUAGUUCAGAGGCCUUACCUCAUUUGUCAUGAAUCACAGACGCAGAAUUUUCCUUUGUACGAAUUUGCUUUUUUCUUCAUAUUCUCCAUGCAAAUGAAUAUUGUACUCAUUCAUAACAUAUUUGUGCUAAAUUAUUGGCUUUUUAUAGCUUUCAGCAGAUUUUGGCAAUCGAGGUAACUCGUUAACCUCCAGCACAAUGCAAUGUCAUAAGCAGUUCAACGACACCGCUCUUAUGAAUAAUAAAUUAAAAUGAUAUAUUUUGCAGCAAUGAAAACGUAUACGCUUCCUCACUUACGUGGAACCGCAGCCAGGCGCACGGAAACUGCAUAUCCGUGACUUAAACCUCGCUGCACGCAUGAGUCCUUCGGUGACCUUUUUCAGCACAGCCAUGUCACGUAACUUACUGUGUGUGUGUGUGUACAAGUUGAAGGUGCUGCGACGAAACCAGCAAAUGUAAAUGAAAUAUUAAUUCAUGCAUGCGAACAAGUACGAAGACAUAAAUUAACAUGAGAAUUAAUGAAUAUGUGAUGUUCGCAGGUAUAUAAAGCUAUCAACACAUACAAAUAUCGGUUUGUGUGUACAUAUUAACACUGAAUUUUUAAAUGGCCAAAAUAGCUACUAUUCGAAUGUAAAUUUUGUGCUCUGUUUGGGAGUGUGUGUGCGCUUGGUGAUUUCACAUACGUCAAUGCUGAUCUUAGCCUCGAAAUAACAAGCCAUAAAACAUUCUGGAGAAAUUAACCGCGAGUCCAAACAGGGAGUUAAUAAAAAUGCACUCUUUCGUCGUUUUAUAUUUUUUAUAUCUUUUCAAUAUAUUUUAUUAUUUUGGGCGCUCUUGCAGGCCCUGCUCUUAUGCCAUAACACAAAUAAAAAGAAAUAAAAUAAAAAGCCAAACAUUCAAAUAUUGCGUAGAAUGUAUGGCGAUCACGUUCCGUUUGCAACGUAAAAAUAUGUUUUCUUCCUUUGCUGGUUUUAAUCUCCUUUCUUUGUGCCUUCUAGUAAUAUACCUACAAGUGUGGAGCUGCUCCUUGACUUUGCUCACCGCUUCGUUAGGCAGUGAGGGGGAACUCUCUGCGGCACUUCUGCACAUUCACUAUGGAUGGCCGACCGUGGCGGCAACUUGUUGGCGUCUUGCCGCCCAUAAACAAUAAAUGUCGCGUUGGCCUUGUCUUUAGCUGCUUGCCUGCACUUAAAUCAAACAGUAGCGAAAUUUAAAAAAUUAAAAUGGCCGGCAUAUGCAUAUUUUAAGCGCAUUUAUAUGCUUUUGCAUAUUUGUUAUUAUGACAGACGCAUCAAAUGGAAAAAUAUGGCCACUGAGCUCGACUUGCGUGCAGCACAAGCCAUUGUGGCAGAAAUCAGAGAAAAGCACACACGCGUACAAGCAAACAUAUGUGCCAACACCAGUCAUGCAGGCAUGCGCCUGCCGCGCACCUGCCUCGGCGUUCCACCAUUCUAAAUGCAACAAAAGCUGUGGCAACAUAAGCGCGCAACAUAAUACAGUUUGCGGGUACGCACGUCGUUACGUUGGCAGAAUGAAUGUGCGCGCUGAUUUGUCCAGCUUGUUGCCACUUUAACUGCGCGCUGCUUCCUUCCAGGCUGUCCACACACGCCCGCCCGCACCACCACUCCGACAAGUGACAAAUUGGCGACGACGUGUAAAUGUGGCAUGUUGCAGUCAGUUGCCAUUUUCGCUUCAAAAUCUAACUGUCAAAAUGCCAAUUUAGUAUUUGCAAAUACAAAGUGUCUAACACCAAAAAGAAAAAUGCCUCAAACGAAGUCAACGAAAAUGAGAAAAAAGUGUGUGACCGCGUUUGCAGUCGCGCCCCCUCCACCGCCAAUGUCUAGUUUUGCAGUUAAUUAACUCAGCGCCAUUUAAAAUGCCAUCAAUUUGCCAUAUAACUACGGCUCACAAAAUACAGUUGCCGCAUAUGUUUGUGGUUAUGGUCAUGGCAUUUGCCGUGCGCGCGGCGAUUGCGCUCGCGUCGACCACCCUAUUUAUAGACGGGAAUGCUUUGACGCACGAUCGGCGCACUCGAUUCGGCGCUUUGUGGUUUAUCGCCGGUCGUACUAGUGGCUGUUUGUGUGUGCGCAAGUGGCUGGUAAGGUCUGAGCCGCAAGCACGUACUAAGCGUUCUCGAAAGCACAGACCCACACACAUAACACACAUGCACAAAUAAGCACACUCGCUCUUGACAUAUGGGUAUUCGUUACUUCACAAAUAAAAACUUAUUUAUCGUCUUCGAUUACACCUUUUCUACUGUUCUUUACGAAGUACGAGUAUAUUGCAAUUUAUUUUGUUUUCCUGCUUCGUUGCGGCGUUCGAUGUGCGUUGUAGAACUUCGUCACUUCAGUCCGAUUCUUUAAACCGCUUCGUGUAAACUUGGUAGAAUUCUAAGCUAAAGUCGCGAAGUACAGCGAAUUUCUCUCGCUCGUUUCGGCUGCUCGCCUGCUAACUGAAACGGCUUUCUUGGCCAACUUCGUCGACAGAUAAGUGAAGGACUGUUUCGCGUUCAGUUGUUCGCAGCGAUUGUGCGCGCUUCGUUUUUGAAAUGUGAUCUUAUACAGUAGACAUAACAUUUUGAUAUUGGAAACAGUAAACAAUCGAUUUUUUCGUUCGACUCCUGUGUAUGUGUGUUAAUAAAAACUCUGCUAGAAUUUUUGGUGAUUUCUUUCAAACGUUUGUUAUAGUAUUGUUGUAAACGAUAUAAAAACGAUAUUUCGGUAGAAUUUUGCUGAUGCAAAGCGCAAGCAAGAAAAUGGAGUUCAUUGAAAUGGAAACCUUUUGUUGUGAUAACUGCGGCACAGUAAGCAACUCAUCAACCAACAGCUCGGGCGCCUACAAUAUGGACGACAUACUCAUUAUCACGGCGAAGCACAGCGAACGCGCCAUAUUGCGCGCCAAUUUCCUGAAGAAUCAUUUCGACAAAAUCACAAAGCAGCGCGGACGCAAGCCUUUCAACUUUUUGCACAUCAAAAUCGAAGAUGGUCCCUUCAGUGAGGAGAUUGCACACAAAUACCAAAACACCGCCUUACAGAUCGUAAUACUCUGUCCAGCGCUAUUGGCACUCUCACACUCAUUUCUUCUCUCACAGCUAACUGCCAUUAUACGGGUGGAGAAGGUACUGGGCAUACUUUUGGAUAUUUCGGAGGAUAAAGUCAAGGAGAUACAAAAAACAGCACUGCCAAGCUACUACAAAUGGCGUCGGUGCACCAUACGCGACAAUGACCAAGCGCAGAUCAGCAAUAUACUCGGCAUAGCCACGGAUAUUUUGGGUCGUGCGCUAUGUCAACGACCACCGUUUCACGAUCACAGCAGCAUUUCGCGUAGUUUCUCGAGCUGCUCGGAAGGUUUCACUAUACUGCCGAAGAAAGUGAAGAUCGGACAGAAUAAAGUCGUGGCAAUUUUAGCCGAACCAUUAGAAAAAGAUGACACUAUCAAGAUAAUAGUGGAGAAAUCUGGUGAGCUAAUUGAAAUCAGAAAUUUCAAAUCCCGCAAUCCAUUCACCGUGCAGUUCUCGAUACCAGAGUCCUGUAUGGAAAUCUCGACUAUGGUUGAGAUACGCAUUGAAAAGAACGAGAAGAGUCUCGGCGCUCGACCCAUCAAAUGUGAAAGUCGCAUGCGCGAGCUCGAGCAGUUGUUACGCACCGAAGACUCUCCCAUCGAAUUCAUGUGCCACUCACUAGGUAUUGGACCAGCUGAACGAGAUGCGCUCGAUUUACAUUUGCUGCAGUGCUUCCAGAAGAAUAUGCCGCCCAAUUUUCAUUUACUAAACGGUCCCUAUGAGAAGCAACAUCACUUCUUGACCAUACGUGAAUCAAGCCCCGAGGAAUAUCCCACACUUUUGCAUUUUGCAGCACGUUGGGGUCUCAAUCGUCUGUGCAUUCAGUUGAUGGAGUGUCCAGGUGGUGAUACCGCAUGUGGCAUACGUAAUUGUAUCGGCAAGACACCUGCCGAACUGGCCGAUCAAGAAGGGCAUCACAAGCUAGCGACGAACAUUGUUAGUUUCUCCGAGUUUCACGAACUCACCACAAUGUAUCACUACUUCAAAGGUAUAAGUGGGCCCAGUGGACAAACCAAUAAUAAUCAAGCAGCGGUAAAUGGUAAAAUGACUAGCAGCAACCACAACCUCAACAAUCAGGUUAACAACAAGGUCGUUAUUGAAGCUGUAAAGUCGACACCGACGUCACCAAAAAUGAAACAACCGAAACCACAAAAACCCACACCAAAAGAAUCGCAGGAUUUACAACCUGCGGAGUAUAUGGAAAUGUCAAGUGGUUCUGAACGUGAAAAUACACCUGACGCCAAACCGAAGACAGAGACAUUAGCCGUAUCGAACUUAAAUUACAUAAGCGUCGAAGCAGAGGAUGAGAAUUUGCAAGGCUCUUCCGCUGACGUUUGCAAGAAUUUUGAGAAAGUUGUAACUACACCCGAAGUAACUACCAAUGAACUACGCAUAAGUGAACCACCAUAUUACCAAUCAAAGGAGCAAAAUAAAUCUGUUGAUGUCACUGAUUCGCCCUACCAAACGGAUAAGUUCAGUCAUGAGUGUUCACAAUUGCUGGAAAGCUGCACCGGCACAACUGCCAGUAACGAUUAUGUACUCCAGCCAGCGAAUAUACCACUACCACCUAAACCGGCUAGUACACAAACACCAACAGUCGCAACCAACCCAGAUACUGAUGAUGGCAAUUACCUCUUUCAGCCUUCGAACCGACCAGUCGAAGAUGAAUUGUUGCCACAGAAUCGUCUCAGCUUGAGUCGUUCAUUAAGCUCUUCCUCUCGCGCUGGACAAAACCCCACUUAUGGCACGUUGAAACGUACUGCCUCAGACGCGUCCAGCGUAACUACACGUUCCAAUGCCGAUGAUGAAUUGGCCGAAAUUAUGCACGACUUCAAGAACAAUGUGCUCAGCAUACGCGAUGUGGAGUUGUUGGUCGAAAAAUGGAAACACCGCAACGAUGUGCAACAAAGUUUCCGUGAGAAACAAGAGCAAAUCGAUCAGUUACGUAAGGAAUACGAUCGUAUACAGGAAAAUCUGAGAUCUCAGCUGAAACGUGAGACACCCUUUGAGAAAAUCAAGAAACUCUUCUCCAGGCAUAAAUCCACAACGAAUUUGCCGGAGAAGACUUCUUGUGCUGACAGCGUGCUUGACGAAACGAAAUCAUCCAUCACAACCAGUUCAAGUUUUAAAUCCUCACAACGCCCAAUCAGCUCCUUAAGCUUGCAGAGUGUUUCUUCAUCAUCGUCUUCAGCGCGCCUCAGCACUGGCAGUAACUGCAGUGGCACAUCAAUGGGUGACUCUGGCACACACUCCGACCACGAAGAGCGACGUUUCGGAUGUCGUCUGGGUUCACCAGCUGCGCUUAUGGAUAACUACCUUAUACCGCCACCACCACGUCCCGUGCUCACACCAAAUUCAACGCCCGGCGAAGAGCGUCAUCAGCUCGUUUUCCCCUCACCGAAAUCAUCACUCCAACGCCUAAACACACCCACAAGUCCCACCGGUGGCGAACACUACCAGAUGUUCCCCUCCAACAUCCCCGUCUACACUAGUCAGAACUUAUCGACAUCCCAGCCCAACAACUACCUGAACACUAUUAUGGAGGCCAAAGAGAAUGACGCUACUAGCGCUUGCAGCAACAGCGGUGGCAAUCAUCAAUACCAAAAUGGCGUCACUUUGCAACCCAUUAAAAUAAACGAACGCGCGAAUAUCAUCUACGGCAAGCUAACGAAGGCUUCGCCCCCUUGCACCUCAUUUAAACCGAAGCAAGUUGCGGUGCCUCAGGUGGGCAGCAUUGAAGUGCAGGCUGAAGUUUAUCAAAAUGUCGGCGCAAACCUGGAGCAGAUCAAGGAAGUUGAGCCGGUGAAAGAGAAUGGCGCAGUGACGGUAGUGGCCACUGAGUCGGCAAACUACAUGAACUGCUAAACGAAGCAUGCUGAAGGGGUCAGCUUUUACAUUUCGGAAAAUUUAUAUUUGUAAGUGUUU